AGGCUACAAGAACACGCAUAUCACAACUCGCCUGCGCUGGAGACGUGGUCACGCACGUCUGUACUUGAAUUGUCCUGGUGCGGGGCACCAAGAACCUCAUAUGUGAUGCUGAUGCGGAUUACUGCCGUUUCCUUUUGCGUCGACCUGGACCUAUGAGGAUUGUUUAAACACGUAGACGCGCCGAUGCGUGCUGUUCCUCCUGUGAUAAUGCCUUCGAAGAAGCGCACAUAGACAUACCUAAUGUCAGAACAAUAAAAAUGAGCAUUAUCCGCCCGUGGUCUGCGUUUCCUGGCCCCCUACCGUAAGUCAGGGCGACGAAUUGCAGAAGGUUUGAAAGAACCACAGCUUCGCGUAACAAGAUAGAACCCGAGCUGCUGCCAGAGUAUCACCAAGACCAACAGCAAUUAUACCAACAGCACUAUCAUGAUAAAAUCGGUGAUAAUAGUGAACAACCAGGGGAAGCCUCGGCUAACCCGCUUCUACGUCGACACGCCCCUUGACGUGCAGAAGCAGAUCCUGAAGACCGUGCACGGCAUCGUGUCAAAACGGAGUGACGAUCUGUGUUGCUGUUUCGCCCACGAUCCCGAUGACCCGUCGUUCAAGAUCGUGUACCGACACUACGCGACACUGUACUUCAUUUUCCUCAUCGACGACGCGGAGUCAGAGCUCGGUGUGCUGGACUUGUUGCAGGUAUGUGUAGCAGGGCAAUCUUGUUGAGAAACGAGCGAUCCACCUCAUCACUUUCAUCGAAGAAAGUUUGAGAAUGUGCCUGAGACAUGAGUUAGAGUUAGAGUUUGAUGAUUGCAUACAAUUUUAUCUGAGAAUAAACUAAAACUUCCAAAUUCUCAGGUCUUCGUCCAAGUGCUGGACACGUGCUUCGAGAACGUUUGCGAGCUGGAUUUGAUUUACCAUUUCGACCGGGUAAAUUACAUUCUGGACGAGAUCGUCAUGGCGGGAAUGGUGUUAGAAACCUCGAUUGAUUCCAUACUCGCGGCCGUGGCAGACGCGAAAAAGCUGGAAAACGAGGAAAAUACCGUGUUUGGAUUUGAAAUACCAGCUGCGUUAAGGCCGUUGGGGACGUGAGAACAUCGAUCACUAUGUAUUGGUGUCUUGAUGCAUAGAUUUGGAUGUUGCGGGACGUGAGUGUGAAAUUGAAAGAAAAGCCAAGAACCCCUUCACCCGCCGCCGGUUGUACACCGAAUCAAAGUUGCUGACUGGAUAGGAAUCAUGUUCAUGAUCGAUUCCGACACUUGACCUGCAUGGAAACAAGGUGUAGCAACGACGCCAGAUAUCUUCAAGUAAGUAAACUCUCGACAGAGACGGACGCCCUGUAAUUUUUGUUUUUCGCCCUGCAUCCAUCCAUGGAGAGUGUUCUCGUCCUGCUGCCAGUGCCAUUUCAUAGACCUUGCGUUUGUAGUUUGUAACUCGGCUGCAACAUCAUUCGCUGGCCUGGCGAUUGAUCGCGUGGUAUUGUAGCCAACAAGCAGAGCGGGCGUCGCAACUGUUCCAGAAGCAGGGCAGCGCGCUGCGUGCCACCGGCUUGCCCGGCGUUUUUGAAGCAGAGCACUUCGCGGGGCGCCCCGAAUCUUCGCCACCGGGGCAGAUGCCGCGCGCGCCUGGGAGCAAUGCUGCCAGGUGAUCGAGGAGACACAGAAGGAGGCCGAGCGUUUUGCGCCUGGCGCGCCUUUGCGG